UCUCCCUGUGGUUACUCCCUUUACAAUCGGCCGCCAUCCGGGGAGUUGCGGGACCCGGGGUCUGUCGGUCGCAGUGUUUUGAGCUGUCGUGGGGGUAUUCACCAUGGUCCAGCGUUUGACAUACCGUCGGAGGCUGUCCUACAAUACAGCCUCUAACAAAACCAGACUGUCCCGAACCCCUGGUAAUAGAAUUGUUUACCUUUACACCAAGAAGGUUGGGAAAGCACCAAAAUCUGCAUGUGGCGUGUGCCCAGGCCGACUUCGAGGAGUUCGUGCUGUGAGGCCUAAAGUUCUAAUGAGGUUGUCUAAAACGAAAAAACACGUCAGCAGGGCCUAUGGUGGAUCCAUGUGUGCUAAAUGUGUCCGUGACAGGAUCAAGCGUGCUUUCCUUAUUGAGGAGCAGAAAAUCGUUGUGAAAGUGUUGAAGGCACAAGCACAGAGUCAGAAAGCUAAAUAAAUUUAAAAUGAAGCUUUUUUGAGUAAUAAAAACAAAAGUCUCAUUCUGUUA